CUCGCUCCUGAUCAUCGAUGAAUCGAUUACUCCUGGCUGCCUUUCUGUCUCCUACCCAGGAAGUGUGUCAGUGUUUACGGUUAGCACGAGUCCAGUUGUCCCGGGUCAGACACCAUGACCGAGACUCCGAACGGAACCGAGUCCGACGCGAUCACGGUCCAUAACUUCUCCGAGAAGAUCCUGGAGCAGACCGUGCACUUCCACGUCAUGAAGCUGAGCGGCGGGUUCUUCCUGUGGGUCGGUUCGAGUCCGGUCCUGGAAAACCUGGCGGUGUCGAUGAGCAGCAGAUACGAUUCGAUGCCUUUAUCCACAUUAGUCAUGGGGGACCCAUCCAACACGGCUCCAAAUUCCUUGGCACAGAGAUUAGCAAAGAAGACCAAAAAGCAAGUGUACGUGAGUUACAGUCUUCCAAUGACGGACUCCAACCUCGGUCUUUUGGUGGAGAACAGGAUCAAAAAGGAGCUGGAGCUUCACCCCGAACACUUUUGAACACGUCUGAUUGUUUAUGGAGGAAGGAGCUUCUCCUGUUCUUUGGACGCUCGUACCGUAACCGCACGGCAACACAAUAACCACCACGAACGGUCACAUCGAGUGUUCUUUUAUUGACAUAAUAAAUUAAGUGGUUUAUUAUCAAAACAUGUAGGCCUAUGGCUUUUUGUACAAAUGCAUCAUAUUAAAAAAA